AUGUCAGCUUGGACGUUUUCAGUACCCCCGUUGUCUCUCCCUCUCCCUCUCCAGUCUUCGUCUCACGUCCUUCGGGUCGCGUGUGCGCACUCUCCGGGUCGGUUGUGCGGCGACACACCACGUCACCGUACUGUUUCUCUCUUUUCUCUGCGUACGCAGGUGUGCGCUGAGUCACACCUGGGCAGGCUGCCUUCUCAUUCAAUUUUUCUUCCCUCUCUCGCGCACGUGUGUGGCUGGGACGCAGCCUACCAGUGGGUGCCGCCGUAUCCUUUUCAUUUUCACUCGCACUCUUCUCCCAAGGAGCUAACACAGCGUACCCUGAGCGCUUGUUCUAGCCAACUCUUACUUUCGCUUCCUCUGUUGCUUAGAGGUUUGUGUUUGGCAGAAUCGCCAUCACAAAUGCCCCUCAUGAGCUCGCAGGAGUCUGCUGUGCCCUCGUCGCAUCUGCUUAGCUUGGGGGAUGGCAGCGAUGUCAACGUGACGGCGAGCUCGACCGCGUCGCCGGCGUCGCCACGCAACCCCAGAGCAACUGUGUCUAACGUUUCUCACUACGCGGCCAAGGACGUGGAGGCGGUGGAGCUUGACCCCGCUGCGCUGUGGGCGGUGCUUGACCUGCCGGCACCGGAGUCGAUGCCGUCCCAGCACACGUCGCGCCGCGUCGUCUUACUCGGACGCCCACUCAGUGGGAAGCGCACCCUCUGCCGACGCCUGUGCUUCGCAGCGCAGGCACAGUACGCUGGCAGUGAUGGCGCCACUGACGGCGGCCCCCAGAGCGGCGGUGUCGCGGCGAACAACGACCGGGAACCCCUCUACCACCCAAGCACCGACGACGACGAGGAUUCGGCCCUUUUCCCUAACCGGAACGUCGGCGGAUGUAAUAUGCCAGGCGCCUACUCGACGGUUGGCACACCGCGGCAGUGCACAGGGGUGGGGCCGCAAGAUCGAGUAAAACCCCUGUCCCACGGGUCGGGUGUGUGCUUUGACUAUGUGGUUCAACGAGUCCCGACGCGACUUGCGCACGGAUGCGGUGGUGCUAACGAUGGGCUUGCGUCCGGGAAUCAGCGCUCGUCUACUGGGUUCCUGAUGGCUCCUCUUGGUGGGACAGUGCGCCGCACUACGGAGUUCUUCUGCUGUGACAACGCGGGUGCCUUGUCAAUGGCUCUGCCCACGCUCGAUCAUGUCGAGUCAGGGCUCGUGCUCAUGGUGAUCGAUGUUAGUGAUGUGUCGACCAUUCGGCAGCAGCUGGACUACUGCUACUCGACGCUCGAGAGCUACAUAGCCAACCUUCUGCGUACGCAGGCACCAAGCCACGACGAGGUGCGCCGUAUGCAGCUUGCUGCAGCGCAGCAGGAAUACUGGUUUGCCGAGGAGCAGAAGCUGCGCACUGUACGGGCAAACUUGGCAAGCGGCGGCACUGCGGCGGCCGCAUCUUCCUCUUCCUUGACCAAGGAGGGCCUCUUCGAUGCUUCUUUCACGGACUCAGCAGCGAACAUUGACAAAGCGAACAGCACUCCGCUUCGUGUUCCCGCCUCUGCUGGUACGGUGUGCACAAUGCGCAGCGUCAUCGUGUGUACCAAAGUCGAUAGCCUCGAACGCGCCUCGCGUGCGAUUGGGCUGGUGGAAAGCGGCACCAUUGAAAGUGAGGCGUUACUCGAUCGCCUCGGUAUCCCGGGAGAACUGCGCCUUGCCAUGCGGCACUCGCUGCAGUCGCUGCUGUGCCUGGUGUCGCAGCUGGUGCGUCAGUACGCCAUCUACCACAGGGCUGCACUGGCAUCGGUGUGUUUGCGUGUAUCCAUGACAACAGCAGGCGCGGAGGGCGAAUACGCCAACUCGGCACUAGUAAAUCCCUUCUAUAAGGGCUUCUGGGCGUACAUCGCGUAUCUCCUGUACAGCAGCGAGGGCCCCAAUGCGUCGGUGCCGAGCGACGUUCUGCGUGUUUGCUCUGCUCGAAUGUACCCUCACGCGUUGCUGCCAUGCGGUCUUGAUUCCUUGGCGCUGCUGAACCACUUUGUCACUUCCAGCAACGUACAGCUGCCGGAAGGACCCUCGCUGAUGGCACCGGAGGACCCUGCUGACUCGGCCAUCCGCACGACAGCCGAGGGCGUUAUCACUCCCGACGGUGUCUUCUUACUUCACCAAAAGUACAUUCAGCAGGCGCAAGCAGACCUCACGAGUUGGACGGCGCUCUGGGGCAACCCCGCGGAGGCCAUGCAUAGCGGUGAUGACAUGGUAUGGGACACCUUGUAG